GCCGCACGCCCCGCAAGUUUUGGACCGCUCGUUUUCGAGUUCCGCGAGUUGUCCGGCAAGGUGCGGCAAGGCGAGCAGCGGAAGGUGGAGAACGAGUACCCGCGACGAGUCGCUUCGAGCCGCUUCGAGCCGCUUCGAGCACUCCCGGCGUCCCAACCGCUCCCGAUCGGCUCCGGUCUCGGCGCGUCGACCGCCGCGCGCGCGCGCGAGCGAAGAACGAAGAGAGAUAGAGCGGACGAAGGAGAGACCGAGGGCGAGAGAGAGAGAGAAAGAGAGAGAGAGAGCGAGAGAGCGAGCGCGAGCGCGAACGGGCCGCUGGAUGUGUGGGCGAGACAGAGACGGGGCUUGAGAGCGAAAGGCGAGAGGGAGCGAGGGAGCGAGAGAGAGAUCGAGUGAACGAGCGAGAAAGAGAGGUGGUGCACUGCGUGGCUGGUGCGAGACUGAGCGUGUGUGAUUGUUGUGUUUCUCCGAGGGCCGAGAAUUUGUUUCUCGGGCCGCCGCUUUCAGUUUUGGGGAGGUCUUUCGUUUAGGUUAACUCCGGGCCCACCGCCAUGUCGUCGUACAUCCAGGUCGCGGAGGACGAGGGCGAGGAGCCCAUCGAGCUGCCCACCGAGGACGAUAGCACGCUCCUCCUGACCACCCUGGCCGCCCAGUUCCCCGGGACCUGCGGCCUCAAGUACCGCAACCCCGAGUCCCGGACUAUGCGCGGCGUCCGCCUCGUCGACGGUCGACUCCACGCCCCCGAGAACGGAUGGGGCAAGGCCGUCUACUUCUGUGUCUUUCCCAAAGAGAACAAAAGAAAGUCUGACGACAAUUUGGAAAAUUCAACGGCCAAGACCAAAAGAAUGGAGACAAAGUUGCGCUGCACCGACCUGAUAGUGCUCGGACUGCCAUGGAAGACCAGCGAGCAGAAUUUGCGAGAAUAUUUCGAGACCUUCGGCGAGGUUCUAAUGGCACAGGUGAAGAAAGAUGCAAAAUCGGGACAGAGCAAAGGAUUUGGCUUCAUAAGGUUCGGAAGUUACGAGUCCCAAUUGAGAUGCCUUGCUCAGAGGCACAUGAUCGACGGAAGAUGGUGCGACGUCAAGGUUCCUAAUAGCAAGGAGGGCAUGAUUCAGCAGGUGCCGUGCAAGGUGUUCGUGGGCAGGUGCACGGAGGACCUGACGGCGGACGACCUGCGCGACUACUUCAGCAAGUUCGGCGAGGUGACGGACGUGUUCAUCCCGAAGCCGUUCCGCGCGUUCUCGUUCGUCACCUUCCUAGACCCGGAGGUGGCGCAGUCGCUCUGCGGGGAGGACCACAUCAUCAAGGGGGUGUCGGUGCACGUGUCGAACGCCGCCCCCAAGUCCGAGGGCAACAACCGCAACUUCAACAACCAGAUGAACUCGAACGCGCGGGCCCGCGGCAUGCCGGGCCCGGUGGAGAACAACGCCCAGGGCAGCUACCAGGGCAACCGGUACAUGGGCCACUCGGGCAACAACAUGGGCCCCAACGGCUGGAACAACCCGGGCAACCGGGCCAACAUCGACAUGCCCAACCUGCAGGCGCUCGGCAUCACCGGGCAGAACAACGGGGGCGGCGGCGGCGCCGCCGGGGGCGGGGGCAUGUCCAACCCCCUCGCCAUGGGCAGCCUCAACCUCUCGGCCCUGCCCGUCAACCCCGCCCUGGUGGCCGCCGCCCUCAACCAGGCCUCCUGGGGCCUCAUCGGCAACCUGCAGAACCAGGGCAGCGAGCAGGGCUACUCGAACCAGCCGGGCCCGCCCGGCCCGCCCGGCCCGCCCGGGCAGCCGCCCUCCGGGAACAACAGCGCGGCCGCGGCCGCCGCCGCCGCCGCCGCCGCCGCCAACUCCGGCUUCCUCAGCUGGAUGAACCAGGCGGGCGGCGCCGACGGCGGCGCCGCCGGCAACCCCGGCACCGCGGGCCCCGGCCCCGGGCCCGCCGGCCCCGGCCCGGGGCCCGGACCCAACAACCCCAACCCCUCCCAGGCCGCCUGGCAGAACCACCCCGGCCAGCGCGACCAGAAGUCCAACACCUUCCUCAAGUACGAGUAGGCCUCCCCGGCUCCC